CAAAAUUAAAACAUAAAUUUGUUCUGCAGCAUUAUGGUUUUCCAAACAGACGAAAACUUCCUAAACCGUGAUGAUAUGAGAUGCUUAGAGCCCGGUCAAUAUGUCAGCAACAAGUUGGGUAGCGCUGUAAUUGAAAUUCUUCGGAAACAUGGAGAUCCUUCUCAAUGGUUUUUUAGUGCAUAUUUUGCGGCCAAAGCACUUUCUAAAAAAGAAGGUCAAGAUUUGUCAAAAUUUGCUGCCAACGCGAAAAAAGAAAAUAAGGCUGAGUUCCGAUACUUUGUAUUUGAGAAAUGCGAAAAGAUUUUUAUUCCCAUUCUGGAUGAGGGUGUAAAAGGGAACCACUGGUUCCUUAUGCUAGUAAAAAUAAGAAGCAAGGAAGUUGAGAUAUUGGAUAGUUUUCCUAGUUCCGCUCGCAAGACUCCACGAGAGAAUCUAGCUUAUCAUUUGCUGAAGACACUGGACAUGAUAUUUAAUAACGAGAUUAUGAUUCAUUUUGAUGAAGGAUGCACAUUCUCUUCAUUUAAAAUUAUUCAUCCCGAUUGUGUUCCAGUACAAAAAAAUGGAUUCAAUUGUGGUAUUUUUAUGAUUAAAUUCAUGGAGGAUUAUGAGAAUGCAUCCAAAGCAGGGGACAAGUAUCAUUCUGUGAACGAGCGUCUGCGCAUAGCUCUCACCUUGUUGAGGCAUCCGGACAACCAAGCACGCUACAAUAUUGCUGAAGCUAGACAAAGGUCACUGCAAAAAGUUAUAUGCAAGAAACGUGGACCAAAGACAAUGAAGAUAGAUCAAGAUAGCACAGCACGCAGUGAUACUGAUGAAGGUUUGCAAAGGUCUCCAAAGAAAAUGAAGGCAAUCCACGAAAUAGAUGCAGCCAACGUGAACAAGAAAAAAGGUCCUGGUCGGCCUCGUGGAUCAAAGAAUAAACCUAAGAAAUAACUAAUAGCACACACCAAGUUACAACUAGUUACAUUUUAUCAUACUCUUUUGCAAGUUACAUUUGAUUGUUAGAACUGCAUUUCUUUAGGUCAAAGCUUGUAACAGGGUCUUCCUAUUUGGAUUAUCAUCAUCAGUCACCAAUCUCAGGCAUUAUGCUGAGACUACACUGGAACAUGUUAGCCUCUUCCAUCAUGUCAUUGACAGUUUGACACUGUAUAGGCCGAAGGCAUGUAGACUGGGUGCUCCUUGUCUUUUUGUUUCAUGCAUAAUGCAUUCCAGCUUAGUUUGCCUAAUGUAGAUGGAAAGAUGGGGAACUUUAUCAAUGUGAUAAUAACAUGGUUUUGAAUUUUUAUUCACUUCUGUUUUGACAUUUAGAAGCAGUCUGCUUAAUUUAUUCUAGUUUAGAUAUACCUAAAUUGCAGUAAAGCAUGCCUCUGUUGACAUGAGCACCUGAAUGUGCACCGCAUUUAGACAAAUAAACAGUUCUCUUUUUUCUUUUUUCUUGUAUUCUUUUCUUUUCUUU